AUGAAGUUUUUGGUACUAACGCUGCUGGUGCUGCUGGCAUCAGGAGGCGAAGCCUCCGCAGAUAUUGGAGACUUUUUCGAGAAGAUCUUUGAAGUGUUCAAGCCUAGUGGAGCCACGCAGAAUGAGACUGCCACCCAUCAGAAUGAAACGACGACGACGACAACGGCUGUUCCGACUGGGGUUAGUACGACAAAGUCACUAGAGAACAGCACAGCGAAUGCUACCACGACUGAAGCAAGUGUAACGAGCUCGGAAUCCAGCGUUACCAAGCUGGUUGCCCUAGAAAACGCUACCAGCACGACCGAAUCGAGUGCUACUAAGCUGCUGAGCAGUACAGAAAGUGCUACCACGACAACGGAAGCGAGCGUUGCCACGUCCUCUGAAGUGAGCGUUAGCAAGCAGGAAAAUGCUACCACGACGGAGGCUGGCAAAGCUAGUUCAACUGAAGCGAGCGUUACCAAGCUGCUGCCAGUGAAUGUUACUUCAAACAAUACGAAAUCCACUGAAGAGGCUGUUAAAAGUGAUGUUGAAGUGACUACCACGGAGAUCGAGGAGACUACGACUGAGCUGGUGGAUGAGACUACACUCCUGGUGUCGAGCACCACCGAGGAGCUGAACACGACUACAGUGAUAUUCCAUCUGUUCCAUCCAAACACUACCACCACUACAACGGAGGCAACGACUGUCGAAACGUCAUCGGUAGCGCCUAACUCCACGGCGGAGGCAUCGAACUCUACCGAAUCGGUGUCCGUUAGCUCAUCAACAGCUGCUACCACGGAAGCCACCCAGAACUCCAGCAGUUCUGCUGGAAAGGUCGAGGCGACAACGGAGACGUUCAACAGCUCCAGCAGCUCAACCGGCAAGGUUGAGACAACCACUUCAUUAGCAUCCAGUAGUGAAGCUACCAAGAGCGCGUCAACAACUGUUGGUAACGCUUCGUCGACUCUUGCCAGCCCAUUAGCAGCUAGCAGCAGCAGCAUCGUCAACGGAGUCCUCUGCAACACGACGUACCUGCCGGGUAGCAACACGAAGGUGAUUUCUUGUGCGGAAUCUGCCGAGUACGAAACGACGACCGGUAAGCUCCGCCCCAGGCGACAGUCCAGCUGGGGAACGGUCGCCGGAGGCUUGGACGAGGAUGCCGAUGAAGAUGACGAUGGCGAGGAGGAGUCGGACGACGAUGGGGACGUUUUCGAAGGUGAAACCUACUACACGACGGAAAUUAGCGGCUAA